AUGGCCUCAUCCUCUCUCUUCGCCGUGGCACGCCGCCUGAUCAGCCUUGGCCGCCGGGGAGGGCUCCUCCCCGUCCCACCCUAUCGUGCCGUUGCCUCCUCGUCUCGCAGCAACAGCGCCGAGGAGGGAACGCCGCCGGCGCGGCCGCCGACCCUGGGGUCCACGCUGUGGCCGCUGGGAAACCCAUGCACACUCCUUGUGCCGGAGAUCGACCUUUGGGCGGCGCAGCCCAGAAACUGCCUCCGAGACGUUGAUCUCCGACGCAUCGUCAAGGAGAUGCGCACGCGCCUCCGCCACCGCCAGGCCCUCGAGGUCUCAGAGUGGAUGAAUAUCAAGGGUCAUGUCAAGUUUCUGCCAAAGGAUCAUGCUGUUCACCUGGAUUUAAUCGGUCAUAUUCAUGGAGUUGGAGCAGCAGAGACCUACUUCAAUAACCUAUCUGACAAAGAUAAGACAGUGAAACCCUAUGGUGCACUUCUCAACUGCUACACACGAGAACACUUGGUCGACAAAGCAUUAGCCCAUUUUCAGAAGAUGAAAGAGCUGGGUUUCGUGUUCAUCGCACUCCCCUACAACAACCUCAUGAGCCUCUAUACCAACAUAGGGCAGCAUGAGCUGGUCCCUUUGGUGAUAGCAGAAAUGAAGAGGAAUGGGAGUGUUCCCGAUAAUUUUAGCUACAACAUAUGCAUAAAUGCUUAUGGCACAAGAGCUAACUUUUUUGGGUUGGAGAACACCCUGGAGGAGAUGGAAUCUGUUGUUGCAAGCCACUACAUUAAGGGUGACCUAAGGGAGAACGCAUACUCUACCUUACAGAAAGCAGAGGCAAAAAUGGAUAAAAAGGAUUCUGGUGCCUGUAGCCACUUGAUUUCCCUGCAUGGACACCUUGGGGACAAAUCAGAGGUCAAGAGGCUAUGGGCACUGCAAAUGUUGAACUGUAAGAGGCAUCUUAACACGGACUACACCAACAUGCUUGCAGUGCUUGUGAAGUUUGAUGAGAUCGCGGAAGCUGAAGAUUUGCUGAAAGAGUGGGAGUCCAGCAAAAAUGCAUUCAACUUCAAAUUUCCAAAUAUCCUGCUCAAAGGAUACUGCUAA